UACAGAUUUAUACCCGCGGCAUUUUUAUUUUUUUAUCACAACAUGUCGAAAAAAGAAACUUCAGACUCCGAGUCUCUCCCUGAAUAUUUAGACCCAACUUCACCAAGAUUUGACCCUAGGAGAGCAUUGUAUAGUAGAGUUGAACCUUUUCCUGGAACUAGUUCAAGACAGUUUAACAAUUUGACUGAGUUUGAGAAUUUUUUACAAGGGAAAGAUGCAAAAUCUAUGAAACAAAAAAAGACUGAAAAAGAAAAGUCUGAAGACAAUAAAGACGUUGGCAUUGUUGCUAUUAGAGCCGCCGCUCAGGCUAGAGAAAAUGUUAGAAAAAAAGCUAUAUUAGAAAAAAAUGCUGGACCAUUAGAAAGGUCAAAAACCCAGGAGCGGCGUAGAAUGGUUAGGACUCUGUUUACGGUAAUAGAAGGCUAUGAUAAAGGUCCACUCAGUUUGCUUCGUCGUUGUAUGAGCGAGAGAUUGAAAGUUGAGGUGAUGAUCCGGGCAGCUGUCUCUGUGCGCAGCAAGUGUCGAGGAUUUGUGGCUGCAUUUGACAAACAUUUUAAUAUGGCGUUGGUUGAUGUUGAUGAAACAUUUAUUAAACCAGAAGUGAGCAAGAGUGUUAAAACAAAAUCUAAAGAGGACAGUGAUAGAAAACCUCCUGACAAAGACAGUUCGUCUGGCAAAACAGUUUCUACUCACUCUGCAGAUAGUGUUUCCAAAGGCAAACCUCAAACGUCCUCUGGUUUAGAUCUCAGACAAAAACUUCUUUCAAAACAGACAAAAUAUAAACCAGAGGUUACGAUGACUGGCUCAAAGCAGAGCAGUCGGCUGGAUGUUGAUGUUGGUACAAGUCGACCUGCAUCUUCUCGCACAAGUGAAACGUGUAGAACAAAAACCCCAGCCAGUGAUUCCAAAUUUUCUGACCAUUCAAAAAAAGGGCUAAAAAGUUCUUCUACUUCACAGAAGUGUAAAGGUGAAUCAUCAGACCGAACUACAUGUACACAGUUCUGGCCAUUGUACAAGCAAUGGACAGAAUCAAGGUGCUAUUCACAAUACGAGAUUAUCAACAGGCAUGUAAAUCAGUUAUUUAUCAGGGGAGAUAAUGUUGUGAGUGUCUCCCUGGCAGAUGGUUGAGACAAUACAAUAAGGCAUGGUUCUUUGAAGUACAUGUAAGUCUGCAGGUUGGAAUACUUUAUUUAAACUGAUUGAUGAAUCAACACCAGCUUAGAGAUACAUGCACUUUUUGUUCGGGGAGGGAGGGAGGGGUGCAAAUUAAGGAUCUGUCCAUAGCAAAAAAGUGGAAUAUUUUAUUUUGACUGAUUGAUGAAUCAACUCCAAACAAAAGAGGAGCUUGAAACUUUCUCCGGGGUAGGGAUGGGGAGGGGGGAUCAUUUAAUUAAGGAUGGAUUCAUGGCUAAAAGUGCUUUUUACACAACCCAUAUGGUCAGAUAUAUGGAAUGCCUAAUUUAAACUUCCAUCUGUUAUUGUUUUUGUUAAUGAUACCUUUCAUUGUUGAAUUGCAUUAGAAUAUACAUGAAUCAUUAAAUGUUAAAUCAUGCAAAAUCUUCUUUAUGUGUAUUUCUUUUAAUUUUAGUUAUAUUUAAGGAGAUAGUCAUCAAAUUAAAUCAAUUAAAGAAUAUUUACUACAUAAAAUUGUAUUAUGUAAUCAAAAACUAUUCAGGUUUUUUUUUCUAAAAGUGGUUGUCUCCCUUGACCUAGUAAAUUCGAUAUAAGCUGAUAUUGGCUGUGGGUUCAUAUUAAUAUAUAAUUAUCUAAGAGUCUUGCUUAAGAGCUACAUGUAUAGUUUUGGUGCUGCACCCUGCCCUAUUUUGAUAGCACCCCUCAGCCUUUGUGAAGAUCAGCAUACCCUUCUGCCUACUUGGAAUUGAAUUCUGUUGAUAAUUAGAUAGUUCAUAAAUAUUUUGUUUAAAAGCUUCUGAUAUGAAUCGAAUACUUCAUAUAUCUUGUAGAUAAAAGCUAAAAUUAUUUAAAAUUUAAACUUUUCUAGCAUAGAUAUCUAAGUUUGUUAAAUUUAUAUAAAUUUAAGUUUUUCACAACCCGAAACAAUGUGCCCUUUUAAGCCUUAGCACACUGUCCCUCAUUUGCAGCUCCCUGCCCCUUUUAAACCCUAACUGAAACCCUGUAUCUAUUUUAACAUGUAUUUAAUAAAAGAACACAGAGAUUUAUUUUUUACAGUAAAAUUGAUUGGCAUCGCAACAGUCCAUUAAUCGUCUUCCCAGACUGAAAGACCGAGAUCGGGGAAGACGUAUUGCUGAUAUCGAUUAAUCGAAUAAUGUUCGCUUUGGAUUGUUUUGUAGACAAUUUGACAUAAAUGACAUUGAUGUUUGUUGGAAAAAGAAACAAAUUUACAAACAACAUAAAUAUUUCAUUUCUUUAUCUUAUUUGAUCCUUAAGCCAUGCAGUAAGUGUGAUUUUAUUUAUCAGUACCUACUUACUGGACACAAAAUGUAUUCUUUUAAAUCAACUUAUAUUUAUUAAUUAAUCUUAUUCAUUAGUUGGUUUGUCAGACCCAUUAUGAAAUCUGGCCGAUAGCCCAUCACUACUGUUUGUGCCAGACCCAUUCUGAUUUAAUCAGUCUUCGACGAAAAACAACAGCCUGAUUUUCAUUAUUUAAUAAGUGUCUGCUCUCUUUAUUUGGAUUAACUUCCAAGAUCCAACUGCUUAUCACCAUUCAUGGUGUCCUUAAAUACGAAGGGUCGUAUUUUGUGACAGUUGGCGCUCUUGUUAGUUAUUAAAUGCAGCUAGAACGGUUUGAUAUUUCUACUCACUGGUGAGCUGUUGUGAUUAUUUGUUUGGCUGUAGUAGUGAUUUUGGUAACAAAUCACUCUUUUAGCUGAAUUUUGUCCCUAAUGGUCAUUAAACUUGGUCAAAAGAUGAGUUUUUAUUAAUCCUAGGUUAAGUUUGAAUAAGGCUCACAUUUGGUUUAAAUCCAUGCCAGUUAACUCUCCAGCUAUAAGAAAUUUAUGGAACUUGAUCAUGUUUUUCGACCAAAAAUGAGUUUUCCUUGUUAUGCAUCUGGUAACCCUUAUAUUAUUAAUAAUUAACUCGUUUAUACCCACGUUGAUACUGAAAUUGCUUAAAAAAAUACCAUUAAAGUAUUAAAAAAAUCCUAGCUGUAGGAGGGAGCGAGGUCACACCUUUAGUGUGAUUUUUUUUUAAGAAAACUGAUACCAUAUCCACUCGGCCUUGAGGACUCGUAGUAAGCUGAUGGAUAUUUUAACCUUUAUAAAAUACAUUUGUAGCAUCAUGUGAUAUUAUAUUAAUCAACCAAUCACGAUACAGCCUUUUGUUAUUGCAUUACAAUAAUAUAUGCUCUUAAAAAUUGUGGAUUUUCCAAGACAAUAUUAGAGUAUACAUCAAC